AUGGGCCAGCAGCCUUCAAAACGUUCCGGUGACAAAGGAAACCAGUCGUCGAGCUCCUCUGCCCCAGAUGGAAGCACUUUACCGAUCUCAAAGUCGGAUACCAUGGGAUCGACCAGAUCUAUCCGAGGAUCCAUUCGCAAUAAGAUUUCAUCUAACAAGGACAAAGAUAGUAGCCCUACGAAUUCGUCAGCGGUCAUCCCCUCCCCAAUCGACAAGUCAGAUGCAGCAUCUAUAAAAUCCUCUACUAGUGGGCGUUCGCGCAGGGAGUCACGAGGCUCUAACGGCAACCUUCCAUCUCCAGUACUUACAAAUGGUGUCAAGCCAGUUCCUGGAUCAGAGCCAUCCACAACAGCUACCACCCCGUACGAUUCAACAAACGAUCUGGUACCACCCCCAUCUCCCAUCCAUGGAUCCGUAGGAAAAGGACACCAGUCAGCUGGAAAUAAAGAAGUGGACCAUGUAUCUGAUGUGCCCCCCGGGGCCGGUUCUAUGCAGCCGCCACAUUCACAGAAACCCACUGAAUCCAUCUUGAUCAAGCGAGAGAAUGCACCCAACCCAGUAACCCGAGCAAACGGUUCUGCCGAAGAUGCAGCUACCGGUGCGGCAGAUCAUAUGCAGAUGUCAGCACUAAAAUCUAUAGAUCUCGACGAUAUGAUCACACGACUUCUUGACGCAGGUUACGCAGGCAAGGUCACCAAGGCUGUGUGCCUCAAGAAUGCGGAAAUUAUUGCUAUUUGUCACGCUGCAAGAGAAAUAUUCCUUUCGCAGCCAGCACUGGUGGAAUUGAGCCCACCUGUGAAAAUCGUGGGAGAUGUGCAUGGCCAGUACACGGACCUAAUUCGUAUGUUUGAGAUGUGUGGAUUUCCACCAAACUCAAACUAUCUCUUUUUGGGUGAUUACGUCGAUCGUGGCAAACAGAGUCUUGAGACGAUUCUACUGCUUCUUUGUUACAAGUUGAAGUUUCCCGAGAACUUCUUUUUGUUGCGAGGGAACCACGAAUGUGCAAACGUUACACGAGUAUACGGAUUUUACGAUGAGUGCAAACGUAGAUGCAAUAUCAAAAUCUGGAAAACAUUCGUCGAUACUUUUAAUUGCCUCCCAAUAGCAUCUAUUGUUGCAGGCAAAAUAUUCUGCGUUCACGGUGGCCUUUCGCCUUCCCUCCAACACAUGGACGACAUUCGGCAAAUUGCUCGGCCGACUGAUGUGCCGGACUUUGGUCUAUUGAACGAUCUUCUUUGGAGUGACCCGGCGGAUAUGUUAAACGAUUGGGCAGACAAUGAGCGAGGGGUUAGCUACUGCUUUGGAAAGAAAGUUAUUUUGGAUUUUCUUGCGAGGCACGACUUCGACCUAGUGUGUAGAGCGCACAUGGUUGUUGAAGACGGUUAUGAGUUUUUUAACGAAAGGACAUUGGUCACUGUGUUUUCGGCACCAAACUAUUGUGGAGAAUUCGAUAACUGGGGUGCUGUCAUGUCGGUAUCUGGCGAGUUGCUGUGUAGCUUUGAACUGCUCAAACCGUUGGACUCGGCAGCUUUGAAACAACAAAUGAAAAAAGGAAGAAGUCAGAGAAACUCCAUGAUGCACCAGAGCCCGCCUGCAAGCAUGGCUGCUCAAAGCUUCUAA